UGAGAUAAAUAGCAUGAGAGCGAACAGUGGCGUGGGAGGAGGAAGUCCUACUCCUGAAGCGUACGAGCUGUUACUUAUGAGAGGAAGCUCAGGACACUCUGGCACAGUGAAGAACGAGGCUGAGCGGACCAGCAGGAGCAGAGGACUCUGGGAGUUUUCAUGUAUAACUGGGGUGGAGAGACCCUCGUUGGCCCCGGUAAGACCACAGAGAUGAGGAACAAAAUCACCAACGCCCUCUCAGUCUUCUUUGAGUAUGAGACCCCUCGCCAGGUGCUGGUGAGGAACCGGAGGGUAGGUUUGGUCUGCCGUCUGAUCCAGCUUGGCGUCCCGUACAUCAUCGGGUGGGUGUUCAUCUAUGAAAAGGGCUACCAGUCCACGGACACAGCCGUCAGCUCUGUCUUCACCAAGAUGAAAGGCGUGGGCUACACCAACGUCAACGGCCAGGAGAGGGUCUGGGACGUGGCCGACUACGUCUUCCCUCCGCAGGGAGACUCGUCUUUUGUGGUGAUGACCAACUACAUCAUCACUGAAGGUCAGGCCAUGGGGAAGUGUCCAGAGGUACGUCUGUUCUACAACUGCAGCUCGGAUGCCGACUGUAAGGGAGGGAGUUUCAAACGUACGGGACAUGGUCACAUGACUGGCAUCUGCGUGAACACCACAAAAACCUGUGAGGUGUUGGCAUGGUGUCCUGUAGAGAACGAUCACAACAUACCAGAUCCUCCUCUGCUGAUGUCUGCAGAGAACUACACCCUGUUCAUCAAAAACUCUAUAACUUUCCCCAUAUUUGACGUCACAAGGAGUAACCUGGUUGAAGGUGUCGAUGCAAACUUCAUCCGAACCUGCCUUUAUGACCCAGUAACAGACCCGCUGUGUCCCAUAUUCAGACUGGGAGACAUCGUCAAACUGUCUGGCUUCAGCUUUGAAGUCAUCGCCAGAGUGGGCGGGGCCAUCGCAUUGGUGAUCGACUGGACUUGUAACCUGGAUCUGGACAUAACCCACUGCAAACCAAAGUACACCUUCCAUGGUCUCAUAUGGAACCCCAACGAGACAGACAAAGCCAGAGCGUCGGUCGGAUACAACUUCAGGUUUGCAAAGCAUUACAUGGAGGAUAAGAUUCAGAAAAGAACUCUGCUCAAAGUGUUCGGUAUCCGGUUGGACAUCAUUGUCCAGUCGCUGGCAAGAAAAUUCGACAUCAUUCCAACGCUGACAGCGAUCGGUUCAGGAGUUGGAAUUUUUGGAGUGGCGACUGUUGUUUGUGACCUGGUUCUUCUGUAUUUGCUGCCAAAAAGAGAAUACUACAAGAACAUGAAGUUCAAGUACACAGACGGCGGACACCAAGAGCCUGACACCGAGUCGCUGGACUUAGACAGAAGCUCCUAUUACAACCUCGAAGCAAAUACAAGACGAGUGGAGGACACUGUCCAGUCCAACGAUCCGGAUUCAGAGGCAGGAAGUAUAGAGACCGAUAGACCCCAGAAAUGAACAGAAAUACCAACCACUGCUGAAGGUCGACCACACUGGACCUGAAGGACCUUCACAGAUCCCCCCAGGGCCUGGACUGAGGGACCAGCAGUAGCCAAUCACAUCCAUCCAUGUGUCAGCAGGUGGUUUUCAGCCAAUCACAUCAUUCCAUGUGUCAGCGGGUGGUUUUCACCCAAUCACAUUCAUCCAUACGUCAUGGGGUGGUUUUCUGACGUCACCUGGGGUUUUAGAUCCACUGAGCUGAGACUGCAUCAGACAUUGGGUUCUUUUGGGGUUCUUCUGGUCUUUAUUUGGGGGUUCUUUACUGUCCUUUGUGUUUGCAUGGAAACAAUAGUACAAUAAUCCACACCAACAUCCACAAUUCCACUUUUAUUUCACAUAAAAAUUGAUUUGAAGAUCUGAAAGGAUUCUCCAUAAUCUGAUGGUCGCAGUUUUAAUUUUUUUUUCUUCCCUUUAUGACCAAAAGUAUUGGGACAUCUGCCUUUACACACACAGACUUUAAUACCAUCCCAUUCUUAAUCUGUGGGUUUAGUAUCGUUAGCCUCAUAGCAUAAUUAAAUAACUCAUCCACAAAUGUCCAAAAGUCUGUGGACCCGUUGAAUCCAGGUGUUUGUUUUCUAACAGGUCUGGGAUAAAAACAAUAAGGACUAAUGUCAGAAUAUACACUGCUCCUCCUUCAUGUAGUGAGGAUGCCUCCUGGACACCUCCCUGGGGCGGGGUUGUGGGCGUGUCCGUCUGGGAGGAGACCUGGAGGCCGACCCAGGACACGCUGGAGGGAUUCUCUCUCUGGUCUGGUCUGGGAAUGCCUCAGGAUUCCCCCAGAAGAGAUGGUGGAAGUGGCUGUGUGUGUGUGUGUGGGGGGGGGGGGGUCUGGGCUCCUCUGCUGAGACUGGUGCCCCCACCCCCGCCUCCCGGACCCAGAUAAGAGGAAGAAGAUGGUACAAUCAUAAUAUACACUGUGUAGACAAUUAUUAGGCAAAUGAGUAUUUUGACCCUCUGUAUUAUAAAAGGGAAGUGGACUCUCUGUGUGUGUGUGUGUGUGUGUGUGUGUCUGGGGCAUCACACUAACUACGUACACAGCUGACUGCUGCAGUUUGUCAUAUUUAUGUAUUUUAGGUCGAGGAAUAGACUACUGAAAACGGCAAGUGGAUAGGACCAAUAUUUUGGGAGAUAUUAGUAAUUACCUUCAACAAGGAGGUUCUGUUUUCAUAUGGGUUUGUUUGUCUGUCUGUUUGUCUGUCUGUCUGUUUGUUUGUUAGAAAGAUAACUCAAA